GGUAGAGACUACGCGGACCUAUGGCCUCCGUAUAAUAUCAGGGGGACACCGGAUCUGUAAACCCGGCCCCCCACCCUUUUCCCCCGAGAAACAGAACCCCGGAUCCGGGUUGCAAGCAGCCUGGGGAAUUUGCACAAUGACUCUGUACGAUUGGUUUUUUUAUUCUUCUUCGGUGACCGGUUAAAGUGGUUCAGGGAUGCCCAUUCGUCAUCACGGCCGUCCUGGUCAUGGCGUGCUGCGGCUUUCGGGGGAGCGGGCGGUUAUGGCUCUCUGUGAUGACAAAAGCGGAUCCGUAAUUGCCACUGCGCAAUUACGGCUUAUAUCACGACACUCUCGGAAGGGUGUGCAUAUGCAUAGGUAGGUGUGCGUAUGCCCCCAGCGUUUCUGCCUUUUGCCUUUUCACUGCGCCCGCAAAGAAUGACGACGAUAUUUUUUCCUCGGCCGAACCGCACUACCCAAAAACGUCAGUACUUCGGGUCGCCUUGUUUCGCUGGGGAGGAUGGGAAAGGAAGUGAUUACGCUGGAUUCUUGAUUAUUGAACUUUCUUUGGACAAGGCAGCUGUUUGCAUUCGUAAGUUCGGGUGGCUGGGAUAUCCACACAGGGGGGGAAAGGCAUAUGGAGCUUCGCCCGAUCAGCAAGUCGCAGUGGCUGGCCCACCACCUGACGACAUUUGUGCGGGUGAGUUGAUUGGUUACCAUGAUGCAUGUGUAUAUCUAUUCUUCGGAACAAUAUUACCAAUACCGUCGAGGAUUUCCUACAUCACGUCAGACCGUUCUCUGCUCCCUCAGGUUUCGCAAAGGGGCGGGGGAGGCAUCGAGAAGGCAUUUCAAGUCGGAACCUUGGUCAACCGAAAGAGAUGCUCACCUUUCCAUAUGUUCUGCCUGUUGUCGGCGCCUCCUACCCGGCCCGGUCGGUGCAGAACGGUGGUGCCGAUCGAAAAAAUCGCCAAACGUACCCGGAAAGAAGCCGGCAUCUGCCGGCUGCAAGGCCGAUCACCCCGGGCCGGGCCGGACCGGACUACGUCCCGGCCUGACAACGGGGACCACGAGGGACUGGAAGCGCUUUUGGGCUGCGCGUGCGUAACAUCAGUGAGGUCGACUGUUCAAGGAAUGCGUGGUCUACGACCAACGGUACAUGGAGAAAUGCAUCCCAAAAUAUAAUAGAUGAUCCUUCGUGGCUUGAGUCCCACCUUUGUCACGAUAGCUUCAUACAUAACCGGCACUUGGUAUCAGCUCUGUCAUGUGCUUCAUUACAUCUCUCAUUCAUCACUCACAUUACAUGUAAUGAAUAUAGGAGCAUUCUUGUCAUAUCUUCCCUUUUCUAUAACAUGCAUCUAUUGGGUAUGUGAAGGUUGGUUGUACUCUGUGUAACGCUGAUCUUAGAGACAAACUAUUGCACAGCUGGCGUAGAGCCAAACGUGACUCUAUUGGUUAAUAUAGUCGCUCUAAACCCCCAUAAGCGGUCUAGUUCAACCGGUACAUAUGUAGUGUUACGAUACGUAGAAAAGCCCGGUAUGCAGCACCUCUAGGCUCUGACAAAUGAAUCUUUAUUUGGUUCGGUAAU